AUGCAAGUCGUGGUCACAAGCCCGAUUAACAUAGCUUUAGUCAAAUAUUGGGGUAAAAGCGAUUAUUUGAAUAUAUUCCCUUCGACCUCCUCGAUAAGUCUGACUUUGAAUCAGACACAUGUCGGAACAAAAACUUCGAUAUUUGCGAAAACAAAGCUCGAGGAUUCACUGUUCAAACUUAACGGAAGGAUUACGCAAUUUCCGUCUAGGCUUCUUGAUGUAUUAAUAGUUGCACAGUUGCGUUCUAGACUAGGCGGAAAGUGGGACCAUCCACCUUUUCUCGGUGUGGAGUCUGAAAACAAUUUUCCGACAUCAGCAGGACUCGCAUCUAGUGCUUCUGGAGCUUCAGCAUUCGCAUAUGCAUUGGGUAAAAUGUAUUGUUUGGAUGAUGAUUACACUUCUCUUUCUCGGCGUGGUUCUGGAUCGUCAUGUCGGAGUUUAUUAGGAGGGUUUGUGCUGUGGUCCAGCAAUUAUGAUGACUGCACUUGCCAAUCAUCUGUACAGCAACUGUUUCCUGCGUCGCAUUGGCCAGAACUUAAAGUUCUUAUUUGUGUUACUAAUGAAAACUCUAAACUGGUUGGCUCAACAGAUGCAAUGCUCAGCUGCGCAAAAACCAGUGAUUUGUUUCAAAAUGGCCGUGUACCAUCUGCCAAAAUACAUGAAAAAGAAAUAAUCUCAGCCUUAAAAAAUCGUGACUUCUCUGUAUUGGCAGAAGUGACUAUGCGUGAAAGUAACCAGCUUCAUGCUUUAUGCUUAGAUACCUGGCCACCCUGUGUUUAUCUCAAUGACUUAAGCUAUUCUAUAAUGGAUUUCGUUCACAAGAUCAACAAUUAUUUUAAGAAAUAUGUGGUUGCUUACACAUUUGAUGCUGGUCCAAAUGCUUUUUUAUUGAUUGAAUCACAAAACAUUUCCUUUGUUCUGAAAUAUCUUGUCGAGUGUUUUGGUUAUACGGUGGGAGCCGGUGUUUCUAAUAAUGAUGCUGAUAAAAUUACCAUAAAACAUAUGAAUUCGAAUAAGUAUCUGAAACUUACUGGGAUUCCGUACAGUUUGUCAGAUAAGCCAUUAGACCAGGAUCUUUUGAAAAUAUUGCCGUCUAUUUCUGGUGGUAUUCAAUACUUAAUCAGUACUGAAGUAGGCAAUGGUCCACAGCUUAUGUCAUUUAUUCGUUGA